GUGAAGUGUCUUUAAAUUUGAGAGGGAGAGGCAAAGCAUGAGUAUUACAUUGGUUAGGGCAAGGAUCAGACAACAGGGUUUUUUUUGUUUGUUUGUUUUUCUGCUUUCUUUCAGAUGGAGACUUUUUUGAAAGAGCUAAGUUUAGCCUGUAAGCAUUUGAUUGAGUUUAGAGACAUGUAUGAGUAUGAGAAUCGCAUAAAAACCUUCAGAGAUUGGCCUUUUAUGGAGAAUUGCAAAUGUACCCCUGAGCAUAUGGCCAGGGCUGGCUUUAUCCACUGUCCAAGUGCAAAUGAACCUGAUGUGGCAAAAUGUUUCUUCUGCCUGAUAGAGCUGGAGGGCUGGGAGCCAGAUGAUGAUCCACAGGUAGAGCACUCCAAACGUCCUAGCAACUGUGGGUUUUUAUCCCUUACUAAGAACUUUGAUGAUCUGACAAUGGAGGAGUACUAUAUGCUGGAGAUGGACCGGCUGAGGACUUUUCUUUGCAAAACUGGCAGAAGCACAAUGAAGUCCUUUGAAGAAGAAGUUGAUGCAACCAGAAAACGCCUCAUUGAUCACUUUAUCAGCAAACAUCAGUACGCUUCAGAGCCAAAGAUGCCACUAUCAGAGUCUCCCUCAACAUGCUGAUUUUACUGCACAAAGUUCAGGAAGCCACCAGGACCCCCAAAUGCAGCCCACUGGGCAAAAACAAGAUGCAAUAUCCACAGACUUUCAGGAAGGUUUGUUCAUAUCUAAUUUUCAUGUAGCAUGGCCUAAACAUUGAUCUUAUUGGUACUUGGAAUAGAUAUCUCAGAUUCAGUUGUCUGAAUAAUAAAGUACUAAUUUCUGUAGACACAAAGUACAUAGCUGAUAUUUACUACAGGUAUUAUAUUUUGAUCACUAUGGCAGAUGUGGACCAAUAAAUCUCCCAAUAAACUGGUGUUUAUAAAAUAAAAUGUACAUUGAAUUUUUAAGCAGAAUACUUCUGUACUGUUUUUAGAUGGUCAAAUAUCUGUAUUCUUUAAAUAAAGAUUUACAGCUGAGUGUGUACACCUGACCUGUGAUAUACCCAAGCUUUAGGAAUGUUCAACUCAACAGACUCACUGCUGGGCUUUUUGCUGCCUUUCAAGUAGCCACGGUAUCUGCCACUUAUCAGUAAAUAUGUAGCUUGUGAAGGUGACCUUAUCAGCCAGUUCCCAAUACUUGUCAUAACCUUCAGAAGGACUUGAAUAAAAGAACUAUUGUUGGUGACAACUUA